UUGUUCAUUAGCUGUUAUCCGAUCACGUGACGCAACAUGGCAGAGUCGUCGCGAAUUUCGUAGGGACAAUGUGCAUAGAUUCGACAUUCUCGCGAUUCCCCGGUUGGCCCCGCGCUUAGAACGGACCCCGCUGGACGUCACAACGAUUUGUUUCGAAACUUGUGCCUUCGCGCGUCGCGUCACCGACGAUCAUCCGUCGCUAUUUCGCGCGCCGAGUACCGCCGAAAAUCUCGAACCAGACGCUCGCGUGCGUGCGCGAGGUGCUUCGCAAGCACACAAUUUCGAAUUCGAAUUCUUUCGUGAACACAAUUUCUCCUCGUUUCUCCUGCGCCAAUGUUGCUGUGCGCGAUGUUCGUUUUCUAAACACGAAAGCGCCUUCAUCUCCGUCUUAUCACUCGCGGAAUUUUUAGCCCCGGCUGCUCGCGGAGAUAACCUAUCUCGUAUCGUACAUUUGUAUAUUUACGCGUAUUUCGCGAUAGAUAUAAUUAACGGACUGUUCAAACAGACUGCGUAAUCCAUCGCAUUUUUUUACUGCCUCGAAUUCUGCCAGAAAUCUGUCGAAGAUGGAUUUUGCAAAGUAUCUGUUAUAAAUCUCAUUAUUCUAUAAUUUUGUCAGCGAUGGAUGAGGAAAGCAAUGUGGAUAUGUCCUAUUUGAGCUGUGAUAUAAAUGGUACGAGAUACAUUUACAAACUUACACCAUCGACCAUAGACAUUACGAAGGACCCAAUAUCAAGUGAAGAGCAAAAUACAAUUGAUACUAUUAAGGACAAUGGAGAAGAACCAAUUUCGCUAGUGUGUUUGAACGGGCAGAUAUACGCAUUUAAAAAUGGUGUACUUCAAGAGCUGGACAUUAAUCAACUCACAGAGCGGACUAAUUAUCAAGAAAAGGCAUUCUUAAUAUCGAAGGAUACUGAAAACAAUAGGAACGAUUACAUCACUAAUGAGAGUUUAGUAAUGGAAAAUCCAUACAGACAAUCUGAAGAACAGUACGAAAUCGCCACGGAAGAAGCAGCGAAAACUCUUGUUGUAGAGGAUGACAACAUUAACACCGACGAUUUUUUAGAAAUUGUGACUGCUUUCAAAUGUAAAAUGUGUACUUAUCUAUCUCAAGACAAAUUACAACUAUUAGGUCAUAUCCAAAAAUUACAUUUAAAUUCUACUAUAAAUAUUGACCCAAGAGAAGAAACUAAAAAUGCGGAUGAAGUAAGAAUAGUUUAUAUGUGUGCCGAAUGUUCCAACUACUUCCAUUCUUUUGAGGACUAUAGAGAACACAUGAUUAAUGAUCAUCAAUUAACAGACAUUGGGAGCGACGAAGCUGGAAAAGAAAAUUUAACAGAUCUGACGAAUCCUAGCUUAACGGUUGAACAUGGAGGCCAACAUAUCGAAAACAACGAGGAAAAUGCAGUAAAAAUUUCGAAGAGUUUAAAUUCGGAAUAUAUGCGUAAUAAGAAAAUGAUAGACUCAACAGAGAAAAACGUGAAGUGUUCGUAUCAAGGCUGUCCGCACAAAUUCGCUUCAGAAGAAAUUAUGCAGCAACAUAUUCUUUGCCAUACGGAAUUUGAAACUGCUACAACGUUUAAAUGCAGUGUAUGUCGAGACGUGAAGUUUACGAAAUGGCGCCAAUGUAGCUUGCAUUUAUGGAAAAAACAUCAAAUUGAUGUAGGCUUGUUUACCUGCAAGAUUUGCGAAGUCUACAAAAGUGCUACCAUGGUAAAACUCUUAACGCAUAUGAGAGUGCAUAGUGAUACUCGUGACUAUAAGUGUCCUGAUUGCGGGAAAUGUUUCAAACAAGCUAGCCAGUUACGUAAUCAUCGUGUAAUGCAUUUAGAUCGUAAAACGUUAGAAGUAACUCGAUGGUACACUUCCAAAAAAUGCGACUUGUGCGGUAAAACUUAUGCAAACUCGAAAUGUUUAAAGAAUCAUAUUCAAGCUGUACAUUCAAAGUUACGUCCGUAUGUUUGUAAUGUUUGCGGCCAUGCUAGCGCUAGAAAGGCAAUGUUGCAAAUGCAUUUGCGUCAACAUACGGGAGACAAGCCUUUCAGUUGUGAGAUUUGUGACUAUAGAACUGGAGAUCACAAUACUUUACGACGACAUAUUAUGCAACAUACAGGCUUUCGACCAUACAAAUGUCCACAUUGCUCAUAUACCGCGAUACAAAGUAGCAGCUAUAAGAAUCAUUUGAAAUCCAGACAUCCUCUGCUAUCUGGCUUAUUUACGUGCGACUUGUGUCCUUUUAAAACGGUGAAAAAUGAAAGUUAUAUCCAGCACUUGGGAGAUCAUGAAAAAGGUUUAAUCAAAUCUAAUGUGCAGAAAAAAGAUAACGAGAAUGUUGAAGUCUUUCCCGGCAAUAUUGCGGCAGCGCAAUUAGUUUACAGCUGUUUAGGUGCCUAUUCGAAAGAUGGAGAUACGUUAGAAGCUAAUUUAAUGUCUUCCUCAACGUCUGCUGAUGGUACUUCUCAAACAAUUACAAUACAAAUACCAUCGAAACAUCUUCAGAGUUCACUAUCAGCAACAGAAAGUUUAAAUAAAAAUGAUUCUACCAUUGAACAAGAGGAUGAUGAAACAAUGCAUUGCUUUUUAAAAAUUCCUAGAGAAGAGGAAGAAAGCAUAGACACGGGUGGUAUAACAAUACCUGCAGACCCUGAAGAAAGAAGUAUUAGAACCAUUGAUAUUGAAGGUGAUAUUGUUGAUAUUGAAGAGACGAGAAACUUAACAAUCAGUGAUAUUGAAGAACCGAAUGUGACAAAUAUUGAUAUUGAUUCGUGAAAUUAUACAAAUAAUUGAAGUUUCAUAAAAAAAUGUCCUCCAAUAUGUUCAAGAUAAAAAAUAAAACAAUCAUUCUUAUUAUACUAAAGACAUCCUAAUCAUGUAUUAUUUAAUAAUUAUACUUUUCCAAUAAAGUGAUAAAAUUAAUCUCGA